AUGCUCUGCUAUGAUGUGGUCUGCGCCGGUAAAGCAACUAAGCACUUACCAGAAUACCAUUACUCUACACCUGAUACCGUCUGGUCGCAUUACGGAUUUACCGACGAGCAGCUUGCAUCUGGUGACUUCAAUCCACAAAUGUUCAACUCUUUCCUCGAUGGUACGAAGUCUGCCUUGGAGAUGGCUGCCGUAGCAAAUGGUUCACCGGGUCCAUAUCAACGCGACUGUUUCGCCCAAUAUGGACUUAAAAGGGAUAAGCCUGGUCGCUUCGCUGCCCAGUAUAAACCGUACCAUCUCAUCGGUCUUGAACUUGGGAUUUCAAUCGCCAAUAUCAUGUGCAGAGGAGAGCCAACUGGCCAGUGCCGGACUUUUGCUGCCGAUGUGGCUGCGACUGCGAAGCGGGACUUGAAACGUGGAGAGAAACUUGAUGGUGAAGGUGGCUUCAUGGUUUCUGGAAAGCUCAUGCCCGCACGAAACUCCCUUGCCAUCGGCGGAUUCCCUAUUGGCCUUGCUCAUGGGAUAAUCUUGAAGGAGAAUAUCAAGAAAGACCAAGUACUCACAUGGGCAGAUGUGGAUGUUUCACCAGAAGGUACAUCUAGCUGGAGUGAGAGUACUAGGGCCGCUAUAGCUUUUCGCCAGGAGAUGGAAAGGGUUUUCCGAGGCGAAUUUGAGAGUGGUGAUGAGACCAUGAUCCAGUAA